AUGGAGUCGACGAAUAACUGGGCUACCCAGGCCGAGUCACACCUCCUCCUCGACCAGGCUGUGGCUCAGGCUAAGGUGCUGAACAUCACGAAGCCCAACGAGCAAGAGGGAGAAGCGCCCUGGGCCAUUGUCAUCUCUCGCACCAAUGUCGACAACCAACAUGAAGGCCCUGAGCCGGACUCCGUGCUUGUCCGGCGGCUCCGCAAGUCUCUCGUUCAAUACAUGAAGAAGUUGUACAACAGCAAUACUAGACUGGAGCAAAAACUUAAUAUUCCGAAGAAAUGGAUCGUCCUCGAUAAGUUGCCGAUAUUGAGGGCCACUGGACUCGUCGAUGUCGCAAAGUUGAGAAAGUUGGUGCUGCAUGGAGAGGAGGAAAGCACCAGCGGGUCCGAGUCAGACCUGGGGAAGAUGGAAAUGCCGAGAACUCGACUGGAUCUGAUCGUUGGCGCCAUGGCCGAGGUGUUGGGUCGCGAUAUUUCCGAAGUUGAUGUCGGCAAGUCCUUUGUUCGACAAGGUGGCGAUUCCAUUAGUGCCAUCGAGCUCAUGGCGCGAUGCUCCGAGUUGGACGAGACGCUGCGUCUUCGUGUUCCCGAUAUCCUCCUCGCCGAGAGCCUCGAGCAGCUUGCACAACUUCAGCCAUCCGCAGAGGUUGAUGCCGGAAAAGCGACUCCGGAAACGAAGACGACGACCUCGACAAUCCAAGAAAACCCGUUCCCACUCCUUGAGCUUUCAGAGUCCGAGCUGUUUAGAUUCAAGGAGACGACAGCAGCUCGCAUUAUCGCUAGCAGCAGCAGCAGCGACAUUGGUCUGGAGACCGCGUACCCGUGCACUCCGGUCCAGGAAGGCAUAUUGCUAGCGGCCAUUCGCUUUCCGGAGAGCUACCGAAUUGAGCGAAUCUUCGAGGUUGCCAAGGGCACGAUGACCGAUUCGAUUGACCUUGAACUGUUUGAACAGGCAUGGCGCGAUGUUGUCGCGCGCCAUGGGGCCUUGCGCACUGUGUUUGCCCCGAGCGUGCGCGACGGGGCAGGCUUUGAUCAGAUUGUCCUCGUGGGCGUCGAGUGUGACAUCCGGCGCCUGAAGGUGUCGCCAAAAGACGGCGGCCUGGCUGUUAAGCUGCUUGAGCAGCAGAAGGCGGCCACAUUCUCGGAACUUCGCCCUGCGCAUCGGAUAACCACUUGCUCGACCAUCGAAGGAAGCGUGUAUUGCAAGAUCGAAAUUCAUCACUCCAUCGUGGAUGGCUUAUCUGCUGGAUUGCUGUUGAAGGAACUGAGGAAAGCGUACUCCAGACGAUGCAGCGGCACUUUGGCCGCGGAUUCGGAGUCGUAUCACCUCGGCCGCUAUAUCGCGCAAAUCAAGGGUCACUCGCAGAAAGAACCUCUGGAGUAUUGGACUCGGACACUGGAUGGUCUCGAUCCAUGCCACUUUCCAUCCCUUGUAACCUCGGACGCCCCAAUGACCAGGGAAAACCGGACCGUCCAGGUCAACGUUUCCUCGUCGCAAGCGCAAAGGUUCUGCAAAACCCUUGGCAUCACUAUUCCCAUUCUUUUACAAGCUGCAUGGGCAACGGUGCUGAGAGGAUACACACAAACCGAUGAUGUGUGCUUUGGCUUCCUCGCGUCGGGUCGCGACGAGCCAGUCCCUGGUUUGCAGAACAUGAUAGGGACCUUCAUUCACCUGCUUACUUGCCGAUCGGGCGCUGCGAUCAUCAAUCAGUACUGCAGCUUGGCGAGCAUCCAGAACUCACUACAACUUGGCGGACGAUCACUCUUCAACACUCUCUUAUCUGUCGUCUACUCCUCCCAAGACCAGGCCGGCACGAGCGAUGAUGCCGUAUACUUCAAGAAUGCCUCGACAAUUGCGUCUAGCGAGUACGAUCUUACCUUGACCGCUGACCUGACCCCCGAUACGCUCUCUCUUUCCUUCACAUAUAAAACGACCGCGCUAUCUGGAGAUAACGCGGCAAGCCUGGCCGACUCGUUCACCCAGAUACUUCAGACUAUUAUGAGCCAGCCUGAGGCCCAGACAUCGAACAUCCCAACAAUCGGCCCGAAGGACCUUGACCGCGUCAUGGCAGCUCAGGCAGACCUCAGCCCAGCUACGGAAGCAUGCACACACUGGCUCAUUGCCCACCAGGUCCAAAGCCAGCCAAACGGGAGUGCUGUGGCAUCCUGGGACAAGAACUUCACUUAUUCUGAGUUGAAUGAGCUUUCAUCCAAACUCGCCAGUCGGUUACGGAGGGCGGGUGUCCGCCCCGACGACCUCGUCCCAAUUUGCUUUCCCAAGUGUGCCUGGGCCGUCGUUGCCAUUGUUGCCGUGCAGCAGGCUGGGGCCGGCUUCGUUCCACUGGACCCGACGGCGCCCCCAGCCCGCCUCCAGGGAAUCCUGGAGGAUACCAAGGCGACUGUGAUGCUCGCGUCAACAGAGUGCCGAGACGCCGCCGAGCAGCUUACUGGAAUAGAGACACUCGUGUUCGUGGAUGAACAGUCUGUUCGUUCAUUAGAACGAGAUGAAGCCGCUCUUCAAGAUCAACAUCCUCGGGACGCCGUGCAGCCCCACCACGCAAGCUUUGCUAUCUUCACUUCAGGUAGUACCGGCAAGCCCAAGGGCAUGGUCAUUUCCCAUGGUAGCUUCUGCACUACUGGUGUCGCAACGGCGCCUAAGAUGGAGAUUGGGCCAGGGACUCGCGUCUUCCAGUUCUCAGCCUUCACAUUCGACGUGGGUAUCUUCGACGUCCUCAUUACCCUGAUGCAUGGAGGUUGUAUUUGCAUCCCAGACGAGCAGCAACGAGUCAGCGACCUGGCUGGGAGCAUCAGAAAGCUCCAGGCCGAAGUCAUGUACUUGACACCUACUGUCGCGGGACUGUUGAACCCCGAUGAUGUGCCCAGCGUCCGGCAACUGGUGCUCAUGGGCGAGGCGAUCACUAACAAAACGGCGGACAAGUGGAGAGGAAAGGUGGUCCUCCACGGUGCAUACGGACCCUCUGAGGCUUCUGCGGCGGCGUGGAACACUGAGCUCGGUAAGUUUGGAGCUUCCACGGCUAACCUUGGUAGACCACUCGCAACCAUUUUCUGGGUUGUUGACCCCAGCAACAUCAAGCGACUCGUUCCAGUUGGAUGCAUUGGAGAGCUGCUCGUAGAAGGGCCCAUGCUGGCUCGUGGGUACCUCGAAGGGGUCGACAAGAAAGCGGCUGCCAACUGGCUGGAGGACGUGGACUGGCUGCCACCAGUGCAGCAAAGUGGCUGGCAACAACCAAAGCGACGACUGUACCGAACCGGCGACUUGGUGCGUCAGAAUGGCGAUGGGACUUUUACAUUUAUCGGCCGAAAAGAUACCCAGAUCAAACUGCACGGACAGAGAGUUGAGAUUGGCGAAAUUGAGGCUCGCGUCCACCAGGCGAUGCCGAACACGACAAACGCUAUGGUUGACGUUGUGCGUGGAGAUAACAAUGAGCCCAAGUAUCUUGCGGUUUUCAUGUGGGAUGCACUUGCGAAUAACAAUGAGGAGGUCCACCUGGCGAAGGUAGUAUCACCGGAAAGGCAACGGCUGGUGUCCGAGACACACGAGGCUCUCGCCAGAGUCUUGCCUCGGUACAUGAUGCCGUCAAGUUACUUCAUUCUGGACGGUACCCCUCCGCGGACGACGUCUGGGAAGGUCAAUCGGCGCCACCUCGUAUCUCUCGUCAAGAACAUUGGCGCGGAAGAAAGAUUGAGGUUUGCUCCCGAGGGUCAACAAGUCGUAGGGACUGAUGAGCCGACGACUCCGCUGGAGAUUGAACUGAGGACGAUCUGGGCCGCCGCCCUCGGGCUUGGCAAUCUGACGAUAAUCGGCCGCCACACCGACUUCUUUGCGCUUGGUGGCGAUUCCAUUGGCGCGAUGAAGCUCGUCAACCUAGCGACUCGCCGGGGACUCGUGCUGAAUGUUGCCACGGUCUUCAAGGCACCCCAACUUAAAGCUAUGGCCGCUGCGACCCUCAGUGAUGGGAAGGUGGCCGUGGACGCAAGACCAUUUCAACUGCUCGUGGACGAAACGGACAUUGAUGCCAUGAAGCAGGAGGUAGCUGGCAUGUGCGACAUGGAAUCGUACAGCGACAUUGUCGAUGUUUACCCCUGCACGACCAUGCAAAUUGGGCUCAUGGCCUUGUCGUACAAGCAACCUACAUCCUAUACGGGUCGCAUCGUCUUCUCGCUGCCGUCCGACAUUGACCUGUCGCGGUUCAAGCAAACCUGGCGCGAUGUUAUGCUGCGAAACGCCAUGCUGCGUACACGCAUCGUUGACGCGCAAACAGCUGGCAUGGUCCAGGUUGUGUUGAGGGCUGAGACAAUGCCCUGGAUGGAAUCUGACGACUUGGACGACUACUUGCGUCGCGACGUCGCGAUACCGAUGACGACUGGGAAGCCUCUUUCCAGAUAUGCAAUCAUUCGCCCCGAAAAUGGCCGGAACUUGUCAUUCGUGUGGACAGCGCACCACGCGAUGUACGAUGGGCCAUCUCUGCGUCUCGUGGCCCACGAGGUUAACGAGCUCUACAAGAGCGGCACGUCGGGUCUCGAAGAGCCAAUCCCGUUCACGCGCUUCAUCCAGCACACCCAAUCUAUUGCCGACGGGGAUGCGGCUUCCUUUUGGCACGCUCAGCUCGAAGGCUCCUGUCGACCUUCCUUUCCACCGGCUGCCAAGAACUCGGACUAUGUGCGCACAGAUGGCUACGUCACCCAUGCAAUGCCCCUUCCUCGCUGCGCGAACUCGCACAUCACGACUACAACCCUGCUCCGCGCCGCUUGGGCCAUUGUUCAGGGCAAGUACUCGAGGACAGAUGAUGUCCUCUAUGGCGCCGUCGUCACGGGUCGCGGUAUUAGCGUUCCGGGUAUUGAAUCGAUCGUUGGCCCGACGGUCAAUACCGUCCCAAUCCGUGUCAAGCUUGACGCUUCCCAGAUGGUUCACGAGUACCUCCGAAAACUUCAAGAAGCGACUACAGAAAUGCUGGCAUAUGAACAAUAUGGACUUCAGAAUAUUGCUCGACUUGAAGAUGGAGCAGAGAACGUGUCGAGCAUGCAAACUCUUUUGGUACUCCAAGCGCCUCAAGAGGCAACCACAUUGCCGGCUGGGACCACGGAGCUGCUUGAUCUGACCAAUGCCGCCAUGCACGGAGCCAACUUUCACACGCACGCAUUCAUUUUGGAAGGCAUCAUUGACGAGCCGGGGAAGUCCCUCACCGUCAACGUUAACUUCGAUGCCAACAUGCUCCCUGAGGCGACAGUUCAAAACAUCUGCCGCCAGCUUGCUCAUGUCAUGGACAUGUUGACUCGUGCCGAAGGCACAACUGCCUUGGGCAGCAUUGUGCUGGCAUCUGAUGCCGCGCUUCAGGCCCAUGUAACGGAAGUGAAUAAGAAGCGACCAACCUGGGUUUCGGAAUGUGCGCACGACAUCAUUUCGCGCCGGGCUUUGGAGAGGCCGUCGGCGCCCGCGCUGAUCUCCAUGACACAAACAUUCACCUAUCGCGAGCUCGACGAGCUGUCCACGAAAUUGGCAUGGCGUUUGGUCUCUCUCGGGAUAGAGAUCGACUCGUUCGUGCCUUGCUGCUUCGAGAAAGGCCCCCUGUACGCUGUGGCACAGAUUGCCAUUCUCAAGGCUGGCGCCGCGUUCGUUCCUCUCGAGCACUCCCAUCCCGAACAGCGACGUGCCCAGAUUGUGCAACAGCUUGGCGCGAAGUUCAUGCUCGUCACACCCUACACUGUCACAAAGAUGUCCGAGACCACUACUAGCAUCGUGGGUUCUGUCAUCGAAGUAACACAGGAGUUUUUGCUCUCUCUCCCUUUGCCCGUCGGCUCAACAACGACGCUUGCGGGUCGGGCCAGUCCUCGCACCGCUGCAUACUGUCUUUUUACCUCCGGCACGACAGGCACACCGAAAGGUGUCAUCAUUGAACACGAAGCCCUUUCCUCCACUUGCAUCAACCAGGGAACUCUUUUGGAGUUUGGAACGCACACCCGCGCUCUUCAGUUUUCCUCUCAUGGUUUCGACGCCAAUAUGAUUGAGACCAUUUGCACUCUCAUGUUCGGCGGCUGCGUUUGUAUCCCCACAGAGCAUGAGCGCAUGAACAACGUGCCAAAGUCAAUUCGCGACAUGGAGGUCAACUUCGCAGGUUUCACGCCGUCUUUCGCACUCCUCAUUCAGCCAGACGAGGUGCCUACCUUGAAGACGCUCAUUGUCGGAGGCGAGGCCAUCACGAAAAAGUGUGUAGAGCAAUGGUGGGGUCACGUCAAGUUGUUCAACGGAUACGGCCCUACUGAAUGCGCGGUCAUCAUAUCCAGCCAUAGAAUACGAUCCAUACAGGACGCGGUAGACAGCGUGCUCGGCUACAACACCAGCAGCGUUGGAUGGCUUGUGGAGGCCGAUGGUAAGACGCUCACCCCACCAGGCUGCGUCGGCGAGAUCUACGCUCAAGGCCCCUCUCUCGCACGGGGAUAUCUUUGCGAUGCCGAUAAGACUGCAAAGGCGUUUAUCGAAGACGCAUCUUUCCUGGUCAAAUACGAUAGCGGCAAGGAUAAUACAGGCUUCGCGAAACGAGCAUACCGCACCGGCGACUUGGCAAGAAGAAUGCCUGACGGCAACCUACAGUAUGUGGGCAGAGUCAAUGACCAGCAAGCCAAGCUCAAUGGUCAGCGCCUUGAGCUGGGCGAAAUCCAGCACCAAGUGAAGGCAAUGGCAAGCCUGAAAAGCUCAACAACAAGCCAGACGGCCGUCGUCGUUGUUCCUCAGGGUGGAUCCAGCGGUUCAAAUGCCGCACUGCCUAGAGACGUCCUCGUUGCCUUCAUUCGCGAAGCUAGAGCAUCGGGCGACUCGUCUACGGCCGUGCACGUUCUUCCGUCGAGUCCGGAGUUCGGAGCACGCGUGUCUGAUCUCGCAAGCGACUUGCUCACGGCGCUUCCUCAAUACAUGAUUCCGUCCUUGUACAUUCCUCUUCGCAACUUCCCUCUCACACUCUCGGACAAGGUCGACAACAAGAAGCUCGUCGAACUGGUCAGCACAAUGUCCGAGUCUUAUAUAGGGACGUACUCACUCCAGGGACAUGAAGCCGCAGCAGCGCUCUCAACCGAGCGUAAACGAGCGGCGUCCAGCCCAAUGGAACUCGAGCUUCGCGACAUUUGGGCUACAAUCCUUGGUAGAUCACCCGACUCAAUUAUGGCGGAGGACAAUUUCCUCAGAUUAGGUGGCGACUCCAUUGCUGCCAUGCGGCUUGUUUCGGCAGCUCGCCGCAAGCACAUCACCUUGACCGUUGCCGAUAUCUUCCGCGACCCGAGACUCAGCCAGCAUGCGAUUAUGGCUGUACGCGAGUCACAGGACCACCAAGAAAUACCAGCGUUUUCGCUUCUGCCUGCAGAUACCACCAUGGAUUCACUAGCCUCGGCCCUUGCGCAGCAAUGCGAGGAUUUCAUCGACAUGUCCCAAGUGGAGGACGCCUACCCCUGCACUGCCCUCCAAGAGGCAGUCAUGGCAAGCUCUGUGAAGCAGAAAGGAAGCUAUAUUGCUCGAAAUGUUCUUCGAGUCCCUCCGUCACUGGACAUCGACAGACUCUGCGAAGCGUGGAGCUCCGUCGUUCAAACUCACGGUAUCCUUCGCACACGAAUCGUGCAAGUUGCAUCAUCUGCCAUCCAGGUCGUACUCAAGGAGAGUUUUGCGUGGCAAGAUGACGAGAACAUCGAUCUCGAAACUUACAUUUCAGAGGACAGUCGCGGGCUGAUUGGAUAUGGAACACCUCUUAUGAGAUUCGCCGUCGUCGGUUCGGCCUUGGGUGCCGACAGAACAAGACACCUCGUCUUGACUAUGCAUCACGCUAUCUACGACGGAUGGAGUCUUCCCGCCAUACUGGGAGACGUUCAAAAGGCAUAUAGUGGGAUGACAGUGAGCAAGGGCCUCCCCUACGCGGCCUUCGUCAACUAUCUCUCAGAUGCGAAUGGCGCCUCAUCCGACGUGUACUGGAAGUCCGAGACCGACAGCACCAAGGUCACCGACUUCCCCAGACUUGGCUCGGGUAGCAGAUCUGCGAAGACAGGCCAGGGCCACAACUUGAGCGCUGAUUCAUCUAUCGACUUCAAGUUCCCUCUGAUUCGCGUCAAGGAGUCAGACAUCACCACUGCCACUAUCCUUCGGGCGGCAUGGGCAUUUGUGCUUUCCCGGUACACAGAUUCAGACGAUGUCAUUUUCGGUUCGACAUUGUCCGGGCGCAACGCGGCGCUGGGUGGCAUUGAUGGCAUGAUUGGGCCUACUAUCGCAACGGUGCCUGUUCGCGUGCACAUUGAUCGAGCCCAGUCUCAGCACCAGUUCCUGAGCAACGUGCAACAACAAGGAGCGAACAUGAUCCAAUACGAACAAAAGGGGCUGCAGAACAUUGCACGAAUCAGUCCCGAUGCUCGAGAAGCAACAAGAUUUCGAACCCUGAUGGUGAUUCAGACAGUGGGCAACAGCGCCGACCUGCUCGGCAUGACGAAUGUCACUCAAGCGCUCAACGAAGGAUUCUACACUCAUCCAUUCAUUCUAGAUGCUGCCUAUAUCUCCGAAGAUGAGGUCCGUACUGUUCUGCAUCAGUUUGAGCAGGUCGUCAGCCAGCUUGGCAGCGCUGUCGAGCUCCCCGACCACACAGUGGACAACAUCAACAUGACGAGCUCCUAUGACUUGAGCAGGAUCCAAACUCUCAACUCCGAACUGCCUGUCACCCAAAAUGGACUUGUCCAUGACUUGAUCGCCAGUCAAGCCAAGAGCCGCGGGUCAGCGGAAGCCAUCUGUGCUUGGGAUGGGUCAUUUACCUACGCCCAGAUUGACGACGCCUCAACUCGCCUUGCUCACCAUCUUCUGUCACUCGGCGUCGGCGUCGGCCCAGACACGUUUGUCCCGUUUUGCAUCGAAAAGUCCGCCUGGGCCAUCAUUUCAAUGGUUGCCAUAAUGAAAGCAGGCGCUGCAUUUGUUCCUCUCGACCCAUCACAUCCCGUUGAUCGGCGGCGAACCGUCUGUCAGCUGGCAAGAGCACGACUUCUUCUCGUCUCUCCGUCCACCAGCGAGGCCUGUCAAGGGAUCGCGGAACAAUCCAUUACAGUCUGUGAGGCUCUUGUCGACAAGUUGCCUGAAUCGCAGCCAUUGCUCCCGUCCAUGACCAAGCCAAUGAAUGCCGUGUAUGCCAUGUUCACGUCCGGGAGCACUGGUGUUCCAAAGGGUGUUGUCAUCGAGCAUCGCAGUCUCGCAACCGCUGCGCCUGCGUUUGCAAAGUCUUUGUACUUGAACUCGUCCUCGAGGGUCAUGCAGUUCUGCUCUUAUGUUUUCGAUGCGUCACUCAUCGAAACGCUUGUAACCUUGACGCAGGGCGGCUGUGUUUGCGUCCCGUCGGACUCUUCGCGAGUCAACGAUCUCGCCAACGCGAUGAAUGAAAUGAACGUCAACUGGACUCUCCUAACGCCCUCGGUUGGCCGCCUCAUCACCCCCAAGCUUGUACCAGGUUUGAAGACGGUGGUACUUGGCGGCGAACCAGUUCGCACCGACAACGUCGAGACGUGGCAUGACGGCGGCGAUGGUCCCGACAAGGCGAAGCUCAUUUUGGCCUACGGGCCGACAGAGACUUGCAUCGUUUGUUCCUCGUAUACGGUAAAAGAUCACGGCGACUCCCCCAUGAUCAUCGGCCAGGCUAUCGGCACAACAUUCUGGAUCGCUGACGUAAAUGACCACGACCGCUUGACACCCUGGGGUUGCGUGGGCGAGCUGCUUAUUCAAGGCCCUCUUCUGGCUCGCCAUUACCUUGGAGAUCCGGCCAAGACUUCGGCAUCCUUUAUUGAGGGACCCGUGUGGCUUCCCGAUCAAGGCCCCGGCGUGUCACGACGGGUGUACAAGACUGGCGACCUGGUCCGCUAUAAUUCUGACGGCCUGCUCGAGUGUCUUGGUCGCAAGGACACGCAGGUCAAAUUACGAGGCCUACGCAUUGAGCUGAAUGAGGUUGAGCAUCAGCUUCGCACCCAAUGUGCCGAGGCUGACCAGGUCGUCGCCGACGUUGUCUCCAUGAGCGAUGAUCCAAAGGACUCGCUUCUCGUUGCAUUCAUCGGCCUCAAAGACACCUCACUGUUGCUGAAAGAUACGCAAGUGAGCCAGGCUCUCCAGAUCCAUGGUCAGUCGGCACUUCUGUCAAUCACCACAGACAUCCGCACGAACUUUGUUGCACUUGUCGAGGCCCUCGGGCAGAAGUUGCCUCGAUAUAUGAUCCCAACAUUGUUCAUGCCAUUCAAGCAAAUCCCCAGAGUUCCUUCCGGAAAGACCGACCGAGCCCUGCUGCGGAAGGUCACCAAAGAGCUGGACGAGGUCGCGUUUGCCUUGCACUCUCUCGCUGUGGCGGACAGAGAGAAGCGUGAACCUUCCACCCCAACGGAGCGCGAACUGCACUUGCUGUGGGCCGAUGUCUUGGGCGUGGCAGCGGACAGAAUCGGUGCCGAUGACAGCUUCCUGCAACUCGGUGGUGACUCUGUCGCCGCAAUGAGGCUCAUCAGUGCCGCCCGCGGCAGAGGUCUGGAGCUAUCGGUCGCUAUGGUGUUCGACACACCACAGUUGUCUUUGAUGGCUGCGUCCCUCGACAAGCUUGCCGGACAUGGUGAGCAAGCCUCUGCCGGCGACGUCGGCCACGCAGAGCCGCUAUCAUUACUCAAUUCAUCCAUUCCGACCGCUGUCCUCCUUGCGGAGGCAAAGAAAGCAUGCCACCUGGAUGAGACUGCAACAAUCGAAGAUGCAUACCCUUGUACGCCACUGCAAGAGGGUCUCAUGGCGCUCACAGAAAAGCAGCACGGAGCAUAUGUGAUGCAAACCGUCUUUAGGCUCCCAGGGACGAUUGACCUCGAAAGGUUCAAGCAAGCUUUUGAGGUAGUCGAAGCUUCUGCAGAGGCGCUUCGAACUCGGCUUGUUUCUCUGGGAGAGCAGGACUUUGUCCAAGUCGUCGUGUCUCAAUCUCAGCCGUGGCAUCACGGCACUGACAUCGCGUCCUACCUGCGGCAGGACAAACACGAGCCUAUGAGCUUUGGAGACCCCCUGUGCCGCUUUGCUCUGGUAGAAGAUAAGACUUCUGGACAUACCUACUUUGUCUGGACAAUGCAUCAUGCCAUUUACGAUGGAUGGUCGAUGCGACUGAUGCUCGUGGCCUUCCACAGAGCAUACAACAGCAAUAUCACAUCCCCGCAGGAUCUCAUUCAGAGACAAGAGAUGGUUCCAUAUUCUUCAUUCAUCCGAUACACUCAGUCCCUUAGAUCUGAUGAAUCUGAAAGCUGGUGGGCAUCCCACUUGGACAACGCCGCCGCCACGCCGUUUCCACGCACCAGCCAGGGUAGGAGCCGGUCAGGCCAGGGCGAGAACUGGAGGCAAUCACUGAGCUUUGCGACGAGCGGAUCUUUCAAGUCGCUGGGUGUCACCAAGGCGGCUCUUGUGCGCGCUGCCUGGGCGCUCGUCAUCGCCAGACAUGCGGACUCAGAUGACGUGGUUUUCGGCAGCACGGUGUCGGGACGUACUGCUCCUGUCCAGGGCCUGGAGCAUAUCAUCGGUCCAGCCAUCGCCACUGUUCCGGUCCGCAUCAAAAUUGACCAGACCCGCCCCAUUGGCGACUUCCUUCGAGAAGUUCAAAGUCAAACGAACGCCAUGAUCCCUUAUGAGCAGGUCGGCCUCCAGAACAUCGCCAAGAUUAGCCCGGCAGCCCGCGACGCCUGCAACUUCCAGUCGCUGUUCGUCGUGCACCCUCCUAGGCUUACGAAACUGCAAGGCGACGACCUUGGUGAUUCGUUGCUCGAUAUCCAGCCAACCUCGGAUUCACUGUCCGUCGACGGCGGCCAGUUUUUCACGAAUCCGCUCGUGUUUCAGUGCCACCUUGGGGAUGGCGAUGAGGUUGACGUCACAAUCACAUACGACACAGGACUUCUCUCAGAGUCAGAGGCUGCCAACAUGGGUUUGCAAUUCGAGAGCGUCGUUCAGCAGCUUGCAGGAACUGGGACCUCACUCAAGUCCUGUCUCCCAAAGGUGGUUGGGGAUGUCAACCCGCUUUCUGCUCACGACUUUGAGCAGAUGGCUUCAUGGAAUAGCAGCGCCAUGCCUGAGAUCGUGGACUCUUGCAUUCACACGCUGUUUGAACGGCAAGUUGCUUUGCGGCCCGAUGCGACCGCUGUCUCAGCGUGGGACGGCGUUCUCACAUAUGCGGAGCUCGACAAGGCGGCCAACCGCGUAGCCCAUCAUCUUACUACGACGCACAAGAUCGAACCCGGCACCCUCAUUCCGAUCUGCUUCGAGAAGUCUGUUUGGGUCAUGGUGGCAAUGAUGGGAAUCAACAAGGCCGGAGGCGCGUGGGUAACUUUGGAUCCAUCGCACCCCGAGAAACGGCACAGAGCAAUUCUUGCACAGACACAGUCACCAGUCGUAUUGACGUCGUCUCACCAUCUCAAAUACAUCUCAGCACUACAUUCCAACGCCAUAGAGCUGUCGUUGGAUCUGGACCAGACCCUGCUUCGCGACGGUACGACUGGGUCCACGGCACCCAAGACUGCGGUUACAGCGGAUCACCCAGUAUAUGUUCUGUUCACGUCAGGAUCGACAGGCGUUCCAAAGGGAAUGAUCAUGCGCCAUGGUGGUGUGAGUACUGCCAUGGUGGCGAUCGCAAAAAGACUGGGCAUGACGCCGACGGUGCGAAUUCUACAGUUUGCUGCGUACGUCUUCGACCUUUGCAUUGGAGAAACUCUGCUUCCGCUUGUCUCCGGAGCUUGCAUCUGCAUCCCGUCCGAAGAUACCCGCAAAGAUAAUCUUGCGCAAUUCAUCGCGGAGCAGCGCAUAAACUGGAUGUUCCAGACUCCGAGUUUCGCUCGCGUCAUUUCUCCAGACGACGUGCCUAAUGUUGAACUCCUCCUUCUUGCAGGUGAGCCAGUCACGAAGGAUCUGCUCGAAACUUGGGUCGGUCGCGUUCGGUUAUUCAAUGGUUGGGGCCCUUCCGAGACGUGCUUGUUUAGCAGCCUGAAGGAGUUCACCCCAUCCGAGCAGAAGCCUUCACCUCUUAACAUCGGCAGCCCGAUCGGUGGCCGGUGCUGGAUCGUUAAUGCGAGCGAUCCCAUGCGCUUGGCACCGAUUGGUUGCGUUGGAGAGGUCAUGAUUCAUGGUCCUACAAUCACAAAGGGCUACCUCGACGAUCCAGUGAAGACUGCUGCUGCGGUCAUCACAGAGCUUCCAAGCUGGGCUCCGACAGAAUCCGUCCAUGACAAGCGAUUCUUCAAAAGUGGCGACUUGGCUUACUACAACCCCGAUGGAACGAUGGAAUUCGUCAGUCGCAAAGACACACAGGUCAAGAUUCGCGGCUUUAGGAUCGAGCUCAGUGAGAUUGAGCAUCACAUCCGCACGAAGCUGCCAGCAGCCAGCGAGCUUGCCGUAUCAGUGUUCAAGCAGCCUGGAAAGGCAGCCGCGCUCGCCGUGUACUUCAGUGUUUCUGGACAGACCUACACGGUGGCAUCACGAGAUGAGGACGUGAGCGGUUUGGCUGACAAGAUCCUGCUCCCCAUGACGACCGAGAUCAGGCAGCUCAUCAGUGGUAUCAUAAGCGCCCUCUCAAUCACGCUACCGCCGUACAUGGUUCCCACCAUCUUCGUACCCAUGAGCCAAAUGGUUACCGUCACUGCCACCAAACUCGAUCGGACCACACUUGCGAAUUUGUCCACGGUCAUCACCGGAGACAAGCUUGCAGCCUACAGUUUGCAGGACAUCGACAACGGCCAUAAAGUAGCACCGGAGACGGUCACGGAGACGGCCCUGCAACGCCUGUGGGCAACUGUGCUUGACCUCGACAGUGCCGCCGCGAUUGGCCGCGACGAUAGCUUUCUCAGGCUAGGUGGUGACUCGAUUGCUGCAAUCAGGCUUGUCACAUUGGCAAGAAAAGAGGGUAUUUUGCUGAGCGUUCGGGACAUUUUCCAGGACCCGAGGCUACACAGUGUUGCCGCCAAAGCCGAUGCCUUGUCCAAGUCUAGCUCCGGCGCAUUCCUGAGUGCAGCGAUUCCGGCCUUCAGCCUCAUCCCAAGCGAAACUCGGGAUGCUCUGUUACAGAGUGCGACACAAGUAAUGGGCGUCAAUGGUAACAUAAUCGAGGACGCAUACCCAUGCACUCCUCUCCAGGAGGGCCUCAUGGCCCUGGCCCAGAAGAAGACACAGUCCUACACGACCCGCAACGUCCUCAAAUUGCCCACGCACUUUGACGUUCCGCGAUUCCAGCGGGCAUGGGAGAUGACCGUCGGCAAAUGUGACACUUUGCGCACUCGCAUAGUUGUCUGCCGCGGGGAGCUUUUGCAGGUCGUGUUGCGUGAGCCUGUCACUUGGCUCGCACAGCCUGAACCGGCGACAGGUCAGACGCAACUGGAGGCAUUCGUCGAGCGAGAGAAGAACGAACCGAUUACACACGGCAGGCCACUUUCUAGACAAGGAAUCGUGAGAGACGGAAACAGCACAUUCUUCGUCUGGACCGUUCACCAUUCUGUCUACGACGGCUGGUGUUUGCCACACAUCUUCAACAUGCUCGUCCGCUUUUACCAGGAUGAAGCUACUGAUCUUCUCCAUGAAGAACAACGACUCUUCAAGAAGUACGUUCAAUUCACGCUGGAAGCCAGCCAGGAGGAUCUUCGGGACUUCUGGAAGCGAGAGCUUGAUCUUGGCAGACGCAGGCUUGAGCACUUCCCGAGCUCGAACAGAGUCGACAGCUCCUUCACGAAUCGGCAUGAGGUGAUGGAGCAGAGCAUCCCUUCGCCCAGCAAGGGAGUGUCUGACGUGACAACCUCCACUCUCCUUCGUGCUGCGUGGGCCUUGGUACUCUGCCAGUGGUCCCAGUCGCGAGAUGUUGUGUUUGGCACAGUGGUUUCCGGGCGUAACGCCCCUGUUGCUGGCAUCGACUCACUGCUUGGACCAACCCUGGCCACCCUUCCGAUCACGAUGCAUGUUCCUGAAAAUGACAAUGGCGCGACAAUCGCCUCAUUUCUCCGUCAAGUCCAAGCCCAGUCAAACGCAAUGAUUGCGUACGAGCACUUUGGCGUCCAGAAUAUCGCCAGGCUAAGCGCUGCUGCCGCCAACGCGUGCGACUUCCAGAACCUCCUCGUCAUUCAGCCAGCACAUCAAUUCGACAAUGCUUUGGGAAUCGAAGUGGUCCACACCAUAGAGGAUCACGGCGGCUAUCAUGUGUAUCCUCUCGUCAUGGAAUGUCUUCUCCACGACGAUGCGACCAUUACCCUGCAGACAACCUUCGACCCAUCGGUGAUUUCGAGUUUCCACGCGGGCGCCAUUGUCAAGCAGUUCAGCACUGUCAUUUCCCAGCUCUCACAGAAAGACGAUUCGCUGCCACUCGAUAGAGUGUCGUUGUUCACAACUGAGGACUUUGCGCAGAUUGAAACCUGGGCAGACACUUCCGAUGCAGGCAUGCAAGUUUGCGACACCACUGUCGCGGCCGAGUUCACCAGAGUGGCUUCGACCAACCCAGCAGCUGAAGCCGUCUUCUCGAUCUCCAACAUCAACGAUGCAUCUACCAAGAGCUCCUGGACAUAUAAAGACCUUGAUGAGACUUCAAACCGGCUUGCGCAAUACAUGACUUCUGUUGCGAACAUAGGACCCGGCAGCAAGGUUCCGCUCUGCUUCGAACACACAGCGUGGUACAUUGUCGCCAUGCUUGCUGUGCUAAAGUCUGGCGCUGCCUUCGUGCCCCUUGACCCCAAGCAUCCCAAGGAGCGCAUGCUGGAUGUCGUUGAGCAACUGGGCACAUCCGUGAUCUUGUGUUCGCCCUCGACCAGCGAGACAGCUAGUCAAUUGGCAACCACUGUGUUUACGGUGCCGACAGUCCUGGAGGAAUGGCAGGACUCUCGUUCGACUUCCACUGACUUGGCUCAGCGCGCGUCUCCCAGUGAUCUGGCCUAUAUCCUGUUUACCUCUGGUAGCACAGGCAAGCCUAAAGGUGUUACGGUCUCGCAUCGUGCCUUGUGCACUGCGAUGAAACAGCAUCGCCAGCCAUUGGGCUACGACAUCGAAGGCACACAAACCCGCGCAUUGCAAUUCGCGUCUCAUGUCUUCGAUGCGAGCAUUUCGGAGAUCAUUGCGACUUUGUUUGUCGGCGGCGCUGUCUGCAUUCCCACCGAGACGCAGCGAAUGGACCCAAGCCUUCUCGGAGAUUUCAUCAAUACAGCUUCAGCCAAUUGGGCCCUCCUCACACCUCUUGUGGCUCAGCUACUGUCGCCGCAACACGCUCGCUCUUUACGAACCCUCGUCAUUGGUGGUGAUGCUUUGACUGGCAAGGUCGCUGCUCCUUGGCUCGACGCUGGUGUGAGGGUCGUCAACGCGUAUGGCCCAACCGAAGCCUGUGUGCUCAUCAGUGCCAACAUCGUCCAAGAUGCGAGAACCGCAUCUAGUAUCGGUCGUGGUGUCGGCUUCCGCACUUGGGUCGUUGACCGAGACGAUCAUACCAAGCUGGCUCCGGUAGGCCAGGUCGGAGAGUUGCUCAGCCAAGGACCUUCGCUUGCCGACGGCUAUCUCAAUGACGUCGACAAGACCAACGCUGCAUUCGUACUGGCGCCAGCCUGGGCUCUUCGAGGGAACACCGCACACAUUGGGGGUAGAGUGUAUCGUACCGGCGACCUUGUCCGGUACAUCAACCCCUACGGUGAACUCCAGUACGUUGGCCGCCGGGACACGCAAGUCAAGCUGAACGGACAGCGCAUCGAGCUUGGCGACAUCGAAGAACACAUGCGAGCUUGCCUUCCUGAACUGUCGCACAUUGUUGUGGAGAUCAUUGGAGGUACGCGAGAGCUGGAAGGAGGCAACGACAUGCUCGCUGCCUUCUUCUGCUCUGAUGACACACAAGUCCCUGUCGGCUCGGAUGAGUCCGACAUCCUCACCACACUCACACCGGAGGAUCGCAAGAUGAUGUCAGUGGCCAUAGCUCAUAUGGAGCAAAGGCUUCCGUCUUACAUGAUCCCGUCACUAUACAUCCCUCUUCGCGUCCUGCCGACGACGUCCAGCGCCAAAGCGGACAGAAAAUUAUUACACCGCCACAUUUCUGGUCGAACGGCACUGGAGAUUCGCGAGGCUUACAGCCUUGGGUCAAACGACCUAGAGAUGCGGGAACCCCAGACAGAGAUGGAACGCCUGCUACAGCAGCUCUGGGCAGAGAUCUUACGUCUGCCAUCGGACUCAAUUGGCCUGGACACCCAUUUUAUCCGUGCCGGCGGCGAUUCUGUCACUGCGAUGCGCUUGGUGGGCACUGCGCAGCAGCGUGGCAUUUCGCUGAGUGUUGUUGCAAUUUUUGAGAAUCCCACGCUGCAAGCCAUGGCACAGGCGGCCAAGGUUGUCACCGAGCAUGACCUGCACGAUGUCCCGCCAUUCAGCCUGCUGCCAUCUGCUCUUCGCGACGUGGACAUGUUGCGUCAAGAUGCUUCUCGCGCGUGCUCCACAGAGCCAGAGCAGGUUUUGGAUGUCUAUCCAGCCACAGCCCUUCAGGAAGGUAUCAUGAGUCUGUCACAACAAGGCGACGGUGCAUAUGUCGCACGCAACAUCUUCCGCCUUCCACCAACCAUGGAUGUCGACAGACUCAAGAGGGCCUGCGAAGACACUUACACCAGGCACGAGAUCCUGAGAACGCGAAUUGUCAUGUUACGCGACCAGACCCUGCAAGUUGUCAUUGACGAUGAGUUGAGGUGGCGUAAUGACACAGUGCUAAAGUCGUACGUUGCUCAUUGCAAGGCAGAGCUUAUGGGUUACGGCGCGCCUCUGUCUCGCUUCGGUAUCGUGUCGACUUCAACAAAGGAGACUUGGUUCAUACUAACCCUCCAUCAUGCCAUUUAUGAUGGAUGGAGUUCCAAGUUGCUGAUCGAUGCCGUCAUGUCGGCAUACGAGGUCGGUCCGCACCACCAGAUUCAUGGCUCCUCAGCCCCAUUCAACCGCUUCAUUAAAUAUCUGGUCGAAGACUGCGACGAAUCCGCAUCCGCCGACUUCUGGCGUGAUCAAAGCGCUGGGUUCGAGCCAUUCACGUUUCCUCAAGGCCCCCGUCAGACCCCUUCCGCCACGCAAUGGGCAAGACUUCGACACGAACUGCCGUUGUCAAGCCACACCAUUGUCGAUGUGACAACGAAUGCCCUGCUACGGACGGCCUGGGCAUUGACUCUUUCCGCCCAUGCUGAUACAUCGGAUGUCGCCUUCGGCGCUACCAUCUCAGGCCGCAAUGUUCCCGUCCCCAGGGUUGAGAUGAUGAAGCUGCUCUCCGACGUUCAAAAGUCAUCCAUCGACAUGGUUCCACACCAACAGUUCGGUCUUCUAAAGAUUCGCGAUAUUUGCCCAGACGCCCAGAAUCUAUGCCGAUUCAAGACGUUGCUGGUGGUACAGUCGAGUGAUCAGGAAUCUCUCCGUGGAUCCGAUGGAGGCGAUUUCGGGCAGGUGCUGAAUGUGGCAGCCGACGAACAUGGGCAUGACAACAUUUUCCGUUCGUACGCCAUCACUCUGGAGUGUUCUAUGCACAAAGACCGAAUCAUUGUCGACGCACACUAUGACACCAACACCAUCGCGCCAGAGAUGAUGGUCAUGGUCCUCAAUCACUUCCGCCGUGCCUUUGUCAAUCUCUCAGACGGCCAAGUGGACACGGCCAUGACUAUCCGACAGUCUCUCGACCUCUUCGGCGGCGAAGACAAGCGCGUCAUAGACAAAUGGGCGGCACAGACCACGGCCCCUCCCAAGCAGAUUGACGCAUGCCUCCACGACUUGUUCCGUCGUCAAGUCCUCUCUCGUCCCGACGAGGAGGCGGUACACGCUUGGGACAUGUCCGCCACAUACGCGGAGCUCGACGAUAUGUCGAGCCUACUGGCUCACCACCUCGUUUCUCAGGAAGGCCAUUCCGCGGGUGAGAGUCUUAUUCCAUUCUGCAUGGAAAAAUCAGGCCUGGCACUGGUGGUAAUGCUUGCCAUCAUGAAAGCAGGCUGCGGCUACGUCCCUCUAGAUCCCAGUCACCCCAUCGACCGCCGGGCCCAGAUCGUUAGCGACACAGGAACUUCAAUUGUUUUUGUAACUCCGGAGACAUUGCGAGACUUCUCUGGUGCGGCAACUUCAGAGAUAAGCGAGAGGGAUGUGAAGUUCAUCGUCGUGUCGCACGACUUCAUCAAGAAGCUCCAGCGUGGCAGCCCAGCGGCAUUGCCUUCCACUGAUCCAUCGUCCACGGCUUACACACUGUUCACGUCUGGCAGCACCGGAAAGCCAAAGGGCGUGGUUAUGUCCCACCGGGCGGCUUGCUCUGCGAUCACCGCUCAGGCCCGCGCAUUCUUGAUGACACCGUCCACGAGAGCCAUCAACUUCGCCGCAUUUGUGUUUGACGCAUCCGUGCUCGAAAUCUUCGGUACAUGGAUUGCCGGCGGGUGUGUUGCGGUGCCCUCUGACUCAAUUCGUCUCAAUGGUCUUGUGGCGCGCUUCAUGACCGAGUCUCAAACGGACUGGGCUCUGUUUACACCAACAUUUGCCACGACCUUGACCCCCAAGGAUGUCCCAACACUCAGGGUUCUGGUCUUGGGUGGUGAAGCUAUCCGCAAGGAGAACGUGGAGACGUGGCUGUCGAAGGUAGCGCUCUUUAAUGCCUAUGGUCCAACUGAGGCAUGUGUGGCCACGGUCCAUCAUCGGAUCAUGUCGCCCACGGACACAGGAGUUAUCGGCAAGUCAGUUGGAUGCCGUGUAUGGGUGACGAAGGUGGACGAGAUCAACACCCUGGCACCAGUAGGUUGCGCCGGUGAGCUUGUUAUCGAGGGCCCCGGCCUCGCGACCGGCUAUCUCCACGAUCAGGUCAAGACCGACGAGGCAUUCGUUCAGCCAUCGUGGCUCACCCAUCAGGGCUGCCAUGCGCGAGCCUACCGAACUGGCGAUAUUGUGCGGUAUACAGCGCACGGAGAUCUGGAAUACCUGGGCCGUCGCGACAGUCAGAUCAAACUCCGCGGUCAACGUCUCGAGGCCGGAGAGAUUGAGUACCAGAUCAAGGUUGCGCUUGCGGCGGCCCGUAUUUCAGGUGGCCCAGGGAACAACAAGGUCACUCAAGCGCAGGUUGCAGUGACUGUACUAAAGGAUAUCUUGGCUCCUGGCGUCUCGGAACUCAUUGCCUUCAUAUGCUUCAACCCUAUCUCUCACGACGAGGGACCAAGCCAAGAGCCUCUGCUGGCCCCAAUGAACGAAUCGCUUCGCCACACAGUCGAGAAGCUGAUCAAAGAAGUGGCUCUUGAGCUCCCCGAGUACAUGGUUCCGACGUUAUUCGUACCCGUCGCCAGGCUGCCGCUAAGCACAGCGGGCAAGGCGGACACUCGUCGCCUCAAUUGUUCGGUACAAGAGCUUCCACGAGACGAGUUGCUCCACUACUUCAUCAGCACCAUCACGGGUGGGACUCAAGCUAAAGAGCCACCCGAAACUGAUAUGGAAGUGACACUUCAGUCGCUGUGGUCUUCGGUUUUGGGCAUCUCCGAGCAGGCUAUCGGUCGCAAUGAUCGCUUCCUCAAUGUCGGUGGUGACUCCGUUUCCGCCAUCCGUCUCGCCACGGCGGCGAGGGACGCAGGAUUGGACCUGAGCGUUUCGACAAUCUUUCAGCAUCCUCAGCUCAAGGACAUGGCUCAUGAAUGCACCAUGGCGCAGGAAGAGGGAAGCAAGGUGCAGUUCACGAGCGUUGAGCCCUUCUCUCUCCUGACCAAUGUCACCUCUAUGGACAUAGUCGUGGACUUGGCUCACAGAAUCUUCCGACCUUCCAUUCAAGAUCCUGCGCAGAUUGUCGAUGCCUUCCCCUGCACCUCGCUGCAAGAGGGCAUGAUGGCUUUGACAGACAAGGAGCCAGGAACCUACGUCGCGCGCCUGCCAUUCCGAAUUGGCAAGCACGUUGACAUGGCCCAGUUCCGUGCUGCAUGGGAGACCGUUGUUGCGGCGACGCCAAUCCUACGCACGCGCAUUGUCUCCCUAGCCAACGGUCGGGCAAUCCAGGUCGUUCUCGACGAGCCUGCGUCAUGGAGAGUGAUAGAGGAUGCUGGUGCUGGCAUGGACCUCAACAGCCAGCUAGCAAACUACCUCGAGCAGGACAAGAACGACCAUAUGCGCUAUGGCACCCCCCUCUCUAGAUACGCUGUGCUAACAUCGGCUGAGAGUGAGGAGCGGCUGUUCGUGUGGACGGUUCAUCACGCCGUCUAUGAUGGAUGGUCCCUUGACCUCAUCCGUGGCAAAUUUAUGCAAGCAUACAACGGGGUCAACAGCGCACAAAUUGCCCGGCCAAGCGUUUCGUACGCCAACUUUGUGGCCCACGCUGAGACUGUACGCGAGCGCGGCGCAGAGUAUUGGCGCCAUGCCCUGAAGGGAGCCCGACCAGUCAACUUUCCCCGCCACAACCGCACCCGUGCCAACAACGCCAGGGCCGAUCGCACCGACGCGUCUCUCAAGUCUCAAUUCGAAGUGGACGCAUUCAAAUCCCGCCAUGUCCGCCAUGGAGAAGAGACGAUCGCGACGAAGGCGUCGCUCAUGCGUGCCGCCUGGGCCCUUGUUGUCUCCGCCCAUGCUGACGGUGAUGGCGUCGGCGGCGAGCAGGACGUCGUGUUCGGCACCACAGUGUCAGGGCGCAAUGCCCCCGUUCCAGGCAUCGAGGGUAUCGUCGGCCCUGCAGUCACGACUGUCCCUCUUCGCGUUCGUGUUGAUCCGACUGUGACUGUGGCGACGUACCUCAAAGAGAUCCAGUCGCAGAGCAAUGACCUGAUCAUGUACGAGCAAUUCGGCCUACAAAACAUUGCGAAGCUUGGAGAAGAUGCGAAGCAGGCUAGCGAAUUCCGCACGCUACUUGUCGUUCACCCACCGAAGCUGGCCACGGAUGGGAGUGCCACAAAUAACUCUGACGAGCCGAUACUGAGCUCGCACCUUCAAGAUGACGAAGACGACGCCGAGAAGACGUUUUUCACUUAUCCACUGGUGUUCCAGUGCCAUUUGCCUGAGGACGGUGGCCGAAUCGACAUUACGGUCACCUUCGCUUCAUCCGUCGUAUCCCGUCGCCAGGUCGAGCAGAUUCUGGGCCACUUCAAACAGGCGGUCAAUCUGCUCGCCGAAGCCUCAACCGUCGUGAAGUCACCAAGCUCGACGAACAGCGACCUCACCUUGCUGUCGCAGCUAGACCUCGUUGGUUCAGAAGAUAUCGACCAAUUCACUCUCUGGAACCAGGAAGAUGAGCCGGUCAUUCAGUCUGCCUGCAUCCACGACUUGGUGGAGCAGCAAGCUCAUUUGCGCACAGAUGCACCGGCCAUCAACGCCUGGGAUGGACAGCUCACGUACCGAGAACUCAACCAGGCCGCAAAUCGAAUCGCGCACAAGCUGUACUACGAGCACAAUGUCCGGCCAGAGACUUUAGUUCAUGUUUGCUUCGAAAAGUCAGUCUGGUACUUCGUGUCUAUACUCGCCAUCAACAAAGCUGGCGGCGCAUGGGUUCCUCUAGAUCCCUCUCAUCCCACGACACGUCACCAGCAAGUUGUUCGCCAAACAAAAGCCAAGCUGGUGCUUACCUCCCGGCGGAACAAGAGUCUUAUGGACGGUCUGAUUGAUACUGUCCUUGAAGUGACUCCAGAACUUGAUGGGCAGCUCAUUGCCGAUGAGAAAUCGAGCGCUCCAGCACUGCGCAGCGGCGCUGGACCCCCAGCCGAAGUCAAGCCUCAAAACACAGUCUACGUCCUGUUCACUUCCGGCAGUACUGGCAUCCCCAAGGGUUUUGUGAUGGAACAUGGCGCAGUAGCCACUAGUCAAAGGGCCAUUGCCAAGCGGUUGAAGAUGACGCCUCAUGUCAAGAUUUUGCAAUUCGCCGCCUUCGUCUUUGAUCUCUGCAUCGGAGAGAUCAUUGCGCCACUCAUCACUGGAGCCUGCAUCUAUGUUCCGUCGGAACAUGACAGGAUGAACCGUCUCCCCGAGUAUAUCAAGGACAUGGGCAUCAAUUGGGCCUUUUUGACCCCUGCCUUUGUGCGAACAAUCCUCCCCGAGCAGGUUCCCAGUUUGGAUCUCGUGCUUCUGGCUGGCGAGGCGGUCGGGCGCGAUAUCCUGGACACCUGGUUCGGGAAAGUUCGACUGAUCAACGGCUGGGGCCCAGCCGAGACUUGUGUCUUCAGCACCCUCCAGGAGUGGACGUCUCUGGAGGAGUCUUCAAUCACGGUGGGUAAGCCUGUCGGUGGUUAUUGUUGGAUCGUGGAUGCAGCGAACCCACAUCGGCGCGUUCCUGCCGGCUGUGUUGGCGAAAUCGUCAUUCAAGGACCGACAAUUACAAGGGAGUACCUUGCCAAUCCCACGAUGACAGAUGCCACGGUCAUCGCCGGCGAUGAACUGCCCUCGUGGGCACCAAGGCGGACUGACCCUCACUGGAACCGCUUCUACAAGUCGGGAGACCUUGGCUUCUAUAAUCCAGACGGCACGAUCGAGUUCUGUGCUCGCAAAGACACCCAAGUCAAGAUUCGUGGCCUGAGAGUCGAGCUGGGCGAAGUUGAGCAUCACGUCCGAAGCAGUCUCGAGGACGCACCGCAGGUCGUCGUCAUUCUCCUGAAAGGUGAGGCCGGCAACGCUGCAUCGUCCAGUGCCAAGCUCGUUGCCUUUUUCUGUUUCUCCCAGGACUCCAAGACUGCCGGCGUUGAUCUCGACUCCGACCUUGCGACAGUUGCGGAAGACAUGCUUCUGCCUGUCAGUGAGGAUCUCCGUGCUCGCCUGGUCUCUAUGACUGGCCAACUCAGCGUGUCUCUUCCACGAUACAUGGUCCCGACCCUCUUCAUUCCGUGUGGAUACAUGCCGUUCAUCACGUCGACAAAGAUUGACCGCAACAAGUUGCGCGAUAUCGCCGCUCAGAUGUCGGCCGAGAAGACCAUGGCAUAUUCCUUCGUCGAUAGUGUCAAGCGCGCACCUGAAACAAAGAUGGAGACUCUGCUCCAAAAGAUUUGGGCAGAGAUCCUCAACAUUCCAACUUCGGCCAUCGGGCGGGACGACAGUUUCAUCGCGCUCGGCGGUGACUCAAUUGCCGCUAUUCGGCUCACCACUAUUGCAAGAGAUUACGGUGUCGAGGUGACCGUUGGCAAUGUCUUCAACGACCCAAGGCUGCUGAAGGUGGCUGAGGUCGCGAUCGACUUGCGGAGUGAGGACGACUCUGCACCAGCAUGGGAACACUUGGCACCCGAGCCAUGGACUCUACUACCUAGGGAUAUUGGUCAAGACGACAUCGACCAGGUCGCUCGGGCGCAAAUCAAUCUCCCCCACGCAGCCAUGCCUGUGGACGCAUAUCCCUGCACAGCACUCCAAGAGGGCUUGAUGGCACUUUCGGUCAAACAGCCCGGAUCAUACAUCGCUCGUUUUUCGUAUCAACUGCGAAGUGAUGUGAGUGUUGCUGCCUUUAAGCAGGCCUGGAAUGAAGUGGUACAAGCCUGCAGCAACCUGCGUACGAGAAUUAUCCGACUUCCCCAAGGCGGCAGCGUUCAGGUCGUUCUUCAGAGCGGUGCGGCGUGGGAAUCUACGGCUGGCAUGACCCUUCAGGCAUACAUCAGCUCAUCGAGAGCCACCACCAUGACUUACGGCUCACCGCUGAGUCGUUAUGCGCUCAUUGAGGGGGCUGAAAACUAUUUUGUGUGGGAAAUUCACCACGCCGUGUAUGAUGGCUGGAGCAUGAACCUGAUGAUGGACUCGCUACACCGAAACUAUGGUCAGUCUGUCGGUCCAGUCGAUCCAGCGUCUCCCACACCCUCUUUGGUCCCCUAUGCUGGUUUCAUCCAGUACACUUUGCAAUUGGAUCAAGACGCUGCUGCGCAGUACUGGCGGUCGCAGCUCAACAGGGCAACCAAGGCCUCCUUCCCGCCACAAACCCGUCGGUCGCCAGAGUCGACAACACAUACUGUCGUGCGGAACAUUGCUUUCUCCCAUCCCAAGAAUGUCGGGGUAGUAAGGGCAACCAUAGUCCGCGCCGCUUGGGCUCUUGUUCUCGCAGCCUAUGCGGACAACGCAUCCGACAUUUGCUUCGGAGCCACCGUCUCAGGAAGACAGGCUCCUGUACCGGGGAUUGAGAAGAUCGCCGGGCCGCUCAUCGCAACCGUCCCCAUCCGCGUCCGUCUCGACCGCCGCCAGCCUGUGGCAGACUACUUGAUGUCCAUUCAACGGCAGGCUACAGAUAUGGUCAAUCACGAGCAGUAUGGCCUGCAGCGGAUCGCACGCCUUAGCCCCGGCGCAAAGGCGGCCACGGAAUUUUCGACGCUGUUGGUCAUCCAGCCCAGGCAUAUUGUGUCUGCAGACAAGACAAGCGACUCGGACAACAAGGUCAUGAAGCUUGUCAACAGCGACGAGGACGCGGUUGAUGGUGUUUCGACCAUUGACAAUUACUUUACCUAUCCUCUCGUUGUCCAAGGCCAUCUGUCAGACACGGACGUCCAAUUGCAUCUCAUUUACGACUCUGGGUAUCUUGACGAGGCCGAAAUGACAAUUCUCGCGGGGCAGCUCGAGAACGUUGUACAUCAACUUGUGCAAUUCUCUUCUGGGGACCAGACGCUUGCCGAAGUCACUCUGGCAGGGCCUACCGACAUCCAGAAGGCCUUGCAAUGGAGCAGCAGCGACUUGGGGGCCACCCGUCUGGACGUGAAUGGAGUCGCCACUCCAACAUUCCAGAGCCACGUCGAGCACCAGGGCAUCCUUCGGCCCAACUCCCCGGCCGUGCAGUCUCCAGAUGGGACGUUGACCUACGGCCAGCUCAACUCGCUGUCACAAGCACUGGCAGGUCAUCUCAAACGCAACGGCCUAGUACAGCAAGGAGACUUUGUGCCCCUGUGCUUGGAUCGCACUUUCUGGAUACCAGUUGCCAUGCUCGCGAUCCAUUCCGUUGGAGCUGCCUUUGUUCUCUUCGACUUGGACGCGCAAAGCUCAGAUGCAAAGAGGGUCUUCAGGGAUGUUGGCGCUCGCUCCAUCCUAUGCCUGCGCAACCAUGUCCCGGCCGAACUUACACUCCUCGGACUCAACGUUGUCGAACUCUCCGGUGAGAUUCUCCACCGGGGUCAAGGCAAUCUUGAUGCUCCGGUCAACGCCAACAGCGUGUCGCACGUACUCUACCCUGCUUCCGAGGGUGGCCAACCUUCAAAGGGGUUGGUCAUGGAGCACUUGCCGACUUGUGCAGCGCAAUUGCAGCUUCGUGACAGCCUGGGUCUCACGUCACAGGAUCGCGUUGCCAACCUGGCAGCAACCAACUCGGAGAUCUUUGUCUCCGAGAUCAUGACAACUUUGAUGUCUGGAGCGACGCUGUGCAUGCCUCCGACAUCUACUGCUCUGGCCAAUCAGGGCCUUCUGCAAUACCUCAAUCAGGCAGAUAUCAACUGGGCAAUACUCUCCUCGGUCCAAGCAUCGGCAUUGCAACCGAGCGAUCUGCCAAAGCUUCGCGGCCUCGUGAUCCGAUCGCCAGCAUCGUUGACCAGCCUCAAGAACUGGGCCAAGGCAUCUGACAGCCACCGCAUCCUGAACGCCUUGUCUACGCCUGAGUCGGGUUUUGCUACACUGCACGAAGUGAGGCCGGAGAUUGACGGAACAGCCCUCGGUCGCCCUCUUGGACUUACAAGGUGUUGGCUUGUCGAUCCCGUGAACAAGCAACGUCUUGCACCAAUUGGAUGUGUUGGCGAGCUCGUAAUCCAGAGCCCUACACUUGCCAAGGAGUACCUGAACAGUCCAGACGAAACAUUAAAGGCCUUCGUUCCCACGCCUCUCGAUGUCAGUGCCGAUGAUCAGACAGCCCAGCGCCUCCCCUCAGACCAUGGGUGCUUCCGAACGGGCUAUUACGCCAAAUACAGGCCAGAUGGAACCAUCAUCUUGGUGGGCCAGGUCAAGCUCGGCAAUUCCGAGCACCGCAUUAUGGAAGAAGCACCGGAAGGAGUCGCAGAGGCAAUCGUCACUCGGGGCAGGACGGGCGAGCUCACAGCGUUCCUAGCACUUGAUGACAAUGCCAUCACCGAGACACCAUCUUCAGACAGCGCCACUUUCUUCGUGGAAAUGUCGACCUUGAGCGAUAGCUUGGGCUCAAAGCUUGUCGAGUUCGUCGGCGACUUGGAAACUGUUCUGCCAGGCCAUAUGCUGCCUCGCGAUUUCGUCUUGCUUCUAGCUGUGAGCGUAUCAAAGACUUUGCACAGUCACGAUCACUCGGAGGCGUUGUCCAACUUGGAGGCACAAUUGGCGGAAAUCUGGGCCCAAGUGCUUGGUCUCGCCAAGUUUGAGCAGAUUGGACGGCAGGACAAUUUCUUCAAGAUUGGCGGCGACUCCAUCAGCGCCAUCGACCUCGUCUCCAAGGCGCGACAGCAAGGCAUCAGCCUGACCGUCGCUGAGAUUUUCGCCAACCCAAGGCUCUCCGAAAUGACGAGCGUAGCAGCAUUCGACAACGACGUUGAGAUCGAGCCCGUCGUUUCCCACGUCUCCGCGUUUAGUCUGCUCUCAUCACCUGAGGGCCUCGAGGCAGCCAAGGCUGUAGUCAUUGCAGAAGCAUCAAAGCAGUGCAAGGUCAGCAGCGCGGAGAUUGAGGAUGCAUUCCCCUGCUCCUCGCUUCAAGAAGGCAUGCUGGCGUUGGCAGAAAAGCAGAGAGGCUCAUACAUGGGCCGUUUCGUCAUCAGGCUACCUCAGGGAAUGGAUGUUGAGCGGUUCACGUCCGCAAUGGCCGUCAUGGUCGAGCAGUGUCCCAACUUACGCACCAGGAUCAUCAUGUCCGCAAGCCAGGGUCGCCAGAUUCAGGUCAUCCUCAACAACCCCAUCAGCUGGGAACAAGCCCCCUCAGACAAUUCACUCGCCGAGUGCCUUGCUGCGCCCGUCUCUCACGCUGCCUACGGAGGUCCGUUGUCCACUUACAAGAUGGUCCACGACGAGGCUUCUUGCCAGACGUGCAUCAUUUGGGAGAUUCACCACUCGAUCUACGACGGCUGGACAUUGAGCCACAUGAUCCAAGUCCUUCAUCGAGCCUAUGAUGGGCAGUCUCCGGCCUCCCCUCGCGCACCAAUUUCGUUCUCCAAGUACGUCGAGCACGCCCUGUUGACGGGCGACGAGGAGAUCCGAUCCUUCUGGCAGUCGCAAUUGAGUGACGCCAACACGGCCAAGUUCCCGGACACCACGCAAGCCUCGCCUGCGGAUGUACGAUCCGACGGAGUCAUGACAUACUCUCUGCGGGUGCCAGAGGAGCAUCGGUCCUCCGGCAUUACCACAGCCAAUCUGCUCCGGGCUUCAUGGGCCCUUGUGUUGGAUCGUUACCUGAAUAGCGACAACGACAGCACCGACAACGUCGUCUUUGGAGCUACAGUUUCAGGUCGCGACGCCUCAAUCCCUGGCAUCUUGGGCAUCCUGGGCCCGACGAUUGCCACCGUUCCCGUCUGCGUCCGCUUUGGUGACCGCCGCGCAACCACUGUAGGCGACUAUCUGGUCGCGGUGCAGGACCGGACGAAUGCGAUUGUGCCGUACGAGCACAUCGGCCUGCACAACAUCUCGCGCGUCAUCGGCAACUCAGACGCUACCGCAUUCCACAACCUCCUGAUCAUCCAACCCCGAAUGGGGCCCCAGCCAGGUGGUUCCGAUGGCGAAGCCGAGAACCAACGGGAAAUUGACAUCGUGGACAAGACCAUGGAUGACAACGAGAGCUACUACACCUACCCGCUUGUCUUCCAGUGUGUCCUUGGCGACAAUGGAGAUGUUGCCGUGACCGCCACUUACGACAGCCGCUCCAUUUCGCAGGCGCAGAUGCAAGUCCUCUGCAGACAGUUUGAGACUGUCGUUCGUCAACUUGGCGACCAUUCUACAGCAACGCGCGCGCUCAGCGAAGUCGACCUCUUCACCCCUGAGGACUUUCAGAUUAUCCAAUCCUGGAAUCGGGAGCCUGACCGGCCAUUCGGUGUGGACGAGGGUGGUGAGGACAGCUGCCUCCACCACGGCGUCGAGCGAUGGGCCUCCAGUGAACCAAACCGCCCGGCCGUCGUGUCAACUGCUCACGGCACACUCUCCUAUGCGGAUCUCGAUCGCAUGUCGGACCAACUUGCUCAGCACUUGCGGACGCAGUUCGGUAUUCUGCCGGAUACGCGAGUGCCUGUCUGCAUGGAAAAGACACCUCUCGCCAUUGUCACUAUCCUAGCCAUCAUGAAGGCCGGCGCCACAUUUGUUCCUCUCGAGCCAUCUCAUCCCGUCGAACGCCGGCGAGCCAUUGUUAGCCAAGUCGGCGCACGUCUACUUCUCAUUUCUCCCGCACUGGCCGAGGAGUGUCGAGGCAUGACAGACACCGUGAUCGAAGUUGAACCUGCCAUGUUUUCCGCCAGCAACAGUGCCCAGACACUCCCACCCGUCUCUCCGCAGGGUACCGCGUACAUCUUGUACACUUCGGGCUCUACUGGCACGCCCAAGGGCAUUGUUGUGCCACAUGCUGCAGCGUGCACCAGUGUUCAAGGAUCCGCUUCCUCGGAGGGCUACAACCUGAAUCCCUCGAGCAGAGUGCUUCAAUUCUCAAGCUUUGUGUUCGAUGUCAGCAUCGCCGAGAUUUUCGGCGCCUUCAUGUUUGGCAGCACUCUCAUCAUGCCAUCCAGUUCGGAGCGGCUGUCAGACAUAUCCGCCUUCAUCCAGGUCAACAACGUCAACACCGCCAUGUUCACGACCUCGUUCGCCAAGACUCUCGAGCCAGACAACGUUUCCUCGCUGUCAACUCUCGUCCUUGUCGGCGAACCCCCGACUCGAGAGAGCCUUACCAAAUGGGUUGGCCGUGUGGACAGAUUGGUCAACGCCUAUGGUCCAUCCGAGACUGUCAUGUUCUGUGGAACGCACGUCUUUACUUCCGAGACGGAGAUGCCCUCAACCGUCGGCAGGGGUGUCCCUCACGUCGGCAUCAUCUGCUGGAUCACCGAGAUCGACAACCCACAGCGCCUGGCACCCCUUGGCUGCAUCGGUGAGAUCGUUGUCCACUCGGGUUCGCUGGCGAGUGGCUACUUGAACGACGAAUCCAGGACAAACGCCACGUUCUUCCACGGCGUGCCCUGGCUCGCACCCACAAAGAAAGACAAGCGCCAUGACAGCUAUACGUGGUACAAGACGGGCGAUCUGGGGCGCUACAACCUCGAGACCGGCAUGAUCGAGUAUCUCGGGCGCCGCGACACACAAGUCAAGCUGCGCGGCCAGCGACUGGAAACGGCAGAGUCGGAGCAUCACGUCAAGCGCCUUCUUCCUGAUGUGGAGCAUGCUGCCGUCGAUGUCCUCAAACGUGAUGGGAGAGAAAUGCUUGCUGCGUUCGUUGGCUUUGCCCCUCACAGCUCCCAUGCCAUGGGCGGUGAGGAACAGGAACCUACUUUCGCUCCCAUUACCGACUCCCUCCAAAGCGCCUUUGUCGCUCUCACCGAGGGGCUCAAGCAGGUCCUCCCCAUUUACAUGGUUCCGACGCUUUUUGUUCCAGUCACGCGCAUGCCAUUCAACAAUUCUCUGAAGCUUGAUCGUCGCAAGCUGCAACAGAUGGUAGAACAGGUGUCUACCCAGGAGCUACUCUCAUUCUCCGUCGCUGCUGGCCAAGGCAGCAACGGCGUCAAAACUCCUCCAGCAACCCCGACAGAGUGUGCACUCCAAGCAAUCUGGGCAAAGGUACUUGGCGUUGAUGCGCAAAUCAUUGGCAGAGAAGACACAUUCAAUCGGCAUGGCGGCGACUCGAUUGCGACGAUCCAGCUUGUAUCUGUCGCCAAUCAACAGGGUGUCAACUUAACCGCAGCCGAGGUCUUCCAGCACCCUCGUCUUCAGGAAAUGGCAGCUUGCAUUGAUGCGAAGAGUGAAGUGCCCGUCUCGGCGGAUGAGGACUUGGAGCCAUUUGGUCUGUUGUCUGGCCUUUCUGCCCGCACCACCGUCAUCCAAGAGGCCGCACGACAGUGUGAGACGCCGGAAUCCAGCAUUUCUGAUGCAUUCCCUUGCACGCCACUCCAGCAAGGCCUCAUCGCACUUGCUCAGAAGCAGCCCGGUUCCUAUGUGGCCCGGUUUGCUUUGCACCUUCCUACACAUGUUGAUAUGGGCCGGUUCCGUCUUGCCAUGGAGCGCAUGUACCAGGAGUGCAGCAAUCUGCGCACCCGAAUCAUCCUGCAAGACGACGAGCUCAUCCAGGUCAUAUUAGACGAGGACUUGCCUUGGAUGGAAAUACGCAGUAUAGAACCGACAUUGGAAGGUGCACUCGAGAGCCGCACUGAUCUUCAGUGGUCUGCCGGCUUUGGGCAGCGUCUGUGCCGCUUCGUCCUCGUUCACGACGGCUCUGGCUCCAUCCAUCUAGUCUGGGACAUUCAUCACUCCAUAUAUGAUGGCUGGUCAAUCGGCCUCAUGCUGGACAUUGCCCAGAAGCUAUACAACGAAGACAAUACUGUGACGAAGCCGGUUUCGUUCUCGCAGUACGUCAAGUAUGUCACAGCGGCAUCGGCAGAGUCAGGCUCCAUGUCGUCGAAGCAAUACUGGCAAUCUCGCUUUGCCAAUGUCAACAUUAGCCACUUCCCGAAAGCAUCAAGUGACAACGAUAUGGAAUCCCCCGACGAAGGUGCGAAAACGGAUGCCACAAUGAAGCACGAGCUUUCUUGGUCGGCACAACACUCUCUCCCGAAUGGUGUCACCUUGCCUACAAUUCUCCGCUCGGCCUGGGCACUCGUCUUGUCGCGAUACAUUGACAGCAAUGAUGUCGUGUUCGGCAACACUGUGACUGGACGCAAUGCAUCGGUUCCGGGCAUCGUCAACGUCGUCGGUCCGACCAUUGGCACUUUGCCAAUUCGAGUGCGAAUCCACGACAACGAGCACGCAGACGCCAGUGUCCAUCAAUUCCUGCAAAGAAUGCAGCAAGAGUCCAACGACAUGGUUCCUUUCGAACAUGUCGGUCUACAAAGCAUCGCCCAAAUGGGCAAAGAGUUGCGCGAGGCCUGCGAUUUCCAGAACCUGCUCGUCAUCCAGCCCGGUGCCCGUCGCAGUACACCGGAAGCAGCAUUCACUUCUGACGAGAUGAACUUCUUCGACAUUGAAGACUUGACGUCCUCUCCGAGCAGCAACUCGCAGCGGUACCACGUGUAUCCGCUGGUCUUCCAGUGCAUCAUCGAGUCAUCGGUCUCAGUUCGACUCCUGGCAACCUACGACACGAGGUCGCUGCCCAUGGCGACAAUGGAGGCCAUCUGCCACCACUUCUCACAGGCGGCUACGCAACUGGUUGAGGCAGCCUCGUCCACCCACACUGUUCCGCUCUCAUCGAUCACCCUGACCUCGGAGUAUGACAUUGAGAAGGUUCUCGGCUGGACAAGUGAUCCUUCAAGCACCAUGCAGCCAUGGGACUCAUGCGUUCAUGACCUUGUAUCCCAGCAAGCGAGAAUCGGCUCGCUCGAAAAGGAGGCUAUCUAUGCAUGGGACGGCACCAUGACAUACGCAGAACUGGAUCAAGUCUCCAGCCAACUUGCCGUGCACCUCCGCCAACUUGGAGUCGGCCCCGAGGAUUUCGUGCCGAUCUGCUACGAGAAGAGCAUGUGGACUAUUGUCGCCAUGCUUGGCAUCAUGAAGGCAGGCGGUGCGUUCGUGCCCCUUGAUCCAGCCCACCCACCCGCUCGACGAGAGGCUCUAGUCAAGGACAUUGGUGGCGUGCAAGUCAUCCUUGCAUCACCAUCCACUGCAACAUCGUGCGCCAAGCUAGAUGCCGAGGUUGUCGUGCUCUCACCGGCCCUUAUUUCGCAGCUACCUAGUCUCUCUACGACGGAAGACGCGUUCGCCGUGAAUCCACGGAGCGCAGCAUACGCCAUCUUUACUUCCGGCUCGACUGGCAAGCCCAAGUGCGUCAUCAUGGAGCACCUCUCUCUGUGCUCCAGCAUUCGUGGCCACGCGGCCGAAAUUGGCCUCAAUGCUGAGUCUCGAGUACUUCAAUUCUCCAACUACGUGUUUGACGUUAGCUUGGGAGAGAUCCUCAGCACUCUCGUCUUCGGCGGCACUGUGUGCGUUCCGUCUGACACACAGCGCCUUGCAGGUGGCGAGCUUCCCUCAUUCAUUGCGCAAAGUCGCGCAAAUGUCGCUAUGCUUACGCCCUCGGUUGUGAGCACAAUCAGCCCCAGCGAGGUUCCCACGCUCAAGACACUUGUCCUCGGAGGCGAGGCGCCGACGCGCGACAAUCUGCAAACCUGGGGCGGCCAUGUCAGAUUGGUCAAUGGCUACGGUCCCGCGGAGGCUUGCAUCUAUUGCAGUGCCUUCGAGAUCCCCAGCUCAACGGCUUAUCCCAAUGUUGUGGGCCGCGGUUCAAACUUCAAGCUCUGGGUCGUGGACGUGAAUGAGCCGUCACGCCUCGCCCCCAUCGGCUGCACCGGCGAGAUUCUUCUUGAGGGCCCGGGCUUGGCCAGAGGAUACAUGAACAACAAGGAAGCAACAUCGAGAGCAUUCAUUGAGCUUGAGAGAGCCGACUGGUUUGAUCAGGAGCCGCGACAAGCCAAACGGCGCUUCUACAAGACAGGUGACUUGGCUCGAUACACUACAGAAGGAACAGUACAGUACCUAGGCCGCAAGGACACGCAGGUCAAACUCCACGGACAGCGAAUCGAACUUGGCGAGAUCGAACACCAAGUCAAAACGACGGCAUCCUCACGCGGUCUUGUGGAGCACGUUGUCGUCGACAUCGUCCAGAAAGAAAGCCAGGCUGCACUGGUCGCCAUCGUGAGCCUCGCGGCUGUUGCCAAUGGUCUGAGCGCCUCAGCCCCCGUCAUGAUGAUGAUGAUGACGGACGCCCUCCGCGCCAAGUUCUCCAGCCUCGCCGCUGAUGUUGGUCUCGUGUUGCCCCAUUACAUGGUGCCUCAAUACUUCAUACUGGCUUCGCACCUGCCAGCAACAGCAUCGGGCAAGAUCGAUCGCACUACACUACGGGGACAUAUCAACGAGCUAUCCAGUUCGGACUUGAGGGCGUACUACGUCGAGCCCAGCGGGGAUGCCUCAACACACGUUGGCAACUCGGUGGCGCCCAAAGCGCCAUCCAGCGACCUGGAACGUGGGUUGCAGCAGCUAUGGGCCCGUGUGCUCAAUCUGAGCACUGAUGUCAUUGGGGUCGACGACAACUUCUACCGCCUCGGCGGCGACUCCAUUCGAGUGAUUACCAUGGCCAAACGUGUCAAGGAAGAGUUUGGGGUGUCGCUCGGUCUGGGACAAAUUAGCGGGAAAGCCACGACGAUCUCGAAGCUGGCCAUCGACAUUGAGGCAGCUCGCGCAGCGAGUGACUCAACUCUGACAGCCGUCGCAAAGCCAGACGGCAAUGCACACAUCGACCUGCAGAGCGAGAUCGCAAGGUUUACAGCAACGCUCACCGACGGCACCACGCAGUCGCCCCGACAGUCAAUGGUCUCCGUCCCGACAAGGGCCACUGUGUUCCUGACGGGCGCGACAGGCUUCCUGGGCACCGAAAUCCUAAGGCAGCUUCUGCUGUCGCCGGCCGUGGCUCGCGCCAUUGCGUUGGUACGUUCCCGGUCGAAGCAAGACGGUGUCGAGCGUAUUGAGAAGACAGCCACCGCGAUAGGCUGGUGGUCGAGUAUCGAUGCUGUCGAGAAGGAGAAGCUCGAGGUAUGGACUGGGGAUCUGUCAACUCCUCGACUCGGACUCGGUUCAGACCAGUGGGGGCAGCUCGUCGGCAGCGUUGACGCAAUCAUCCACAACGGCGCGGUCGUCAAUUGGCAAGCCGACUUCGAGACGCUGCGCGCCGCCAACGUGUCGUCUACUGCCGACCUCUUGUCUACCAUCACGGCACGCAACAGCCGUAGCAAACUCGUUUACGUGUCUGGCGGUAUCAAACUGGUGGAUACACAGAAGAACCAGUCCGAAGUCGCUGCUGAGCUGUCCCGAGGAGGAACAGGUUACAUGCAGACCAAGUUCUUGGCCGAGAGCCUUGUGAACAACACAGCGGCGCAUCUUGCAGGUCGGACAUCGCCGUCCAACGGCCAGCAAAACCGCGUCUCCAUCGUCAAGCCGGGCGUCAUCCUGGGUGCAGGUGUGGAAGGCGCUGCCAACGUCGACGACUACCUUUGGCGCGUGGUGGCAUCAGCCGCCGCUGUCAACGCGUACCCGUCAGAGCCGGAAGAUCAUUGGCUCUACCUGGACGAUGCUGCGUCCGUUGCGAGGUCCGUCAUCGAUCAGCUACGCUUCGAGGCGCCUGUGCCGAGCGGUGUGACAUCGUUUGUUGACCUGCAGCGCGGCAUGACUGUUUCGGCGUUCUGGGGCCUUGUCGACAAGGAGCUCGCUGCCACUGCUGGUGCAAGACACCCUGGAGGUCUCAGCUCGCUGUCUUGGGACGACUGGACCCGCGUCGCUCUGGCGCAGAUGGAAAGCGUGGGCGAGAGCCACCCGUUGUGGCCCGUCCAGCAUUUCCUCGGCAGGCUUGGGACGGGGCUCAGUCCCGUGAAGCAGGCAACGGAGCAGUCGGUCUCGAGGACCGAUAGGGAAUUGGAAAAGGUGGUGGAGAGGAACGUGCGAUACUUGGUUAGGCAAGGGUUGAUAGGCGAUGGAGAGGGCCGGAGCAACGGCGGCGCGUUUCGACGGACUGGCUUGAACCAGAAGCUGGGGGAGUAG